AUGGCUUCCAAGCGUGACCGUGGACCAGAGAUAUUUGCGGUGACUCUGGCUUUGACCAUAUUUGGUGCUGUGUUCGUUUGCGCUCGAUUGGUGGUCCGACACCUUUCGGCCAGGACACUCGGAUGGGAUGACACGUUCCUGUUUCUCGCAAUGCUGUCAGGCCUUGCGGGACAAGGCUUAACUAUUGCCGGAGUUGUCUAUGGAAGCGGGAAGCCGUUCUUGAGGUUGGACAUUGCCGACGUGGUCCAGGCGAUGAAGUGUUCAACUUUCUCGAUUUUAUGCAACGGUAUUGCGAUGGCACUUUUGAAAGUUGGACUCGGCACUUCGCUACUCCGGCUCGAUCUGAGCAGGUUCUUCAACACAGUAAUCGCGGCCUGCAUUGUACUCAGUCUACUCGUUAACUUGACCGUUCUCCCCACAACUUUUGGAGGCUGCCGGCCAAUGAAGAAAAUUUGGAACAAAGACCCAAGGAUCCCCGGGACGUGCUGGCCUGCCAAGGUUAAUUUAGUCAUGUCCUAUAUCCAAACCGUUGGCAAUAUUGUCACGGAUUUGGCAUUUUCGAUUGGACCUCUUGUAUACCUCUCCAAAGUCAAAGUUUCCCUAUACAAUAAAUGGGCAUUGCGAGGGGUGUUUUUAGUCGGCUUGAUUGCCACUGCAUGUGCUAUUGCAAAAGCCACAGAGCUGCCCAAUCUCGUGAAUGUUACAGAUCCAACGUAUGCGGCCGUUAAUUUGACGCUCUGGGUGAAAGCCGAAUUCAAUGCGGGUCUUUUCGCCGCAUCAUUACCAGCUCUGAAGUCGGUAUUCGAGAAAGUUAUGCGGAAGUUCGGUAUUGUGAGUGGCUCUUCAACACCGGGUAACACCUACGGAUAUGGAAAUGGGGAUUCUUCGGCGAGGAAGCGAUACCGCGAUCGCAGCUCGCGCUCUAGAUCGCACGCCUCAAUGGGGGGCUGCUUCGACUUUGCCGAGAUCGAUUCCCAGAAUCACACAGCUUAUAUUAUGAAGGAUAUGAGUCAGUCGUCGCAAAUUGAUACUCGCAGCAUGGAGGACGAUCAGCAGCAAAUUCUGGAAACAGAUAGCAGCGGGCAGUACAUAACCAAGACAACGGAGUAUUCAGUGAGCCGUGCGACCUUGGAUUCGGAGCAUCGUGGCGUAUAA